AUGCAAUAAAAACUUUCGAGAGCCUAAUUGAUAGCCCAUUAUAGACAAAAACCUAUUGAAUAAAUGCCUGAAACAUUCAAAGCAUUAUGUCAAUAGUAUCCAUAGGCAUUUAAAGCUCUAAGCUAAAAUCCAUAUUAGGCUCGUCCAAUACGUGGUUUUAAUCAAGGUUUGAUUACAAAUUUAGAUUUAGAAAUUCUUGUUUAUUCAAGUAAUUGCGUUACUCCUCUCAAAACAGCUGGCAUAUAUUAAAGUGGAGGUGGAGAUUUAUUUCGAUUUGAUGAAUAAUAAAUUCUUACUCCUUAACCAAAAUAAUCUAAUACUUUUGAUUGGAGUUAGUAAUAAUUGCAAAGCAUAAAAAAAGAAAUAAUAUUUAGUAGGAGUAUUCCUGGAUAAGCUAAUCAUUUGCUUUCAAAAAUAUGGUAUUAUGUGGAUGAUUACUUAAAAGUUCAGGGUAUUAUCUAUCCUAAAUUUAGGUCCUUUCAGUUCGAUAUAAAUGGAUAAUUGGUAUCUAAAAGGUUAUUUUGAUGACAUUUUAAGAAUAGGAUUUAAACCUGAAAAUUCGGAAUGUUUUAUUAGAAUAUAUUAAUUGAAAACUUAAAAAUAAUCCAAAAAUGUUCUGAAGUUCCUAAGGAAAAGAUCUUGUCCUCCUGCUAUAACUUUAUCAUAAGAGACAACAAUCUAAUUAAAAUAGCCAGUCUAACAAUAAUAACAAUAAUAAAAAUAAGAUUUACAAUAAUAAAUUGAAUUACAAAAUUAAGAUAAUGCUCCUACUAUAAGAGUGCCUACUUUGAGAAAAAAAAAGUGA